AUGAAGCUGCAGGUGUUUGUUGCUUCGUUUUCCUUGGUUCUAACAUGGAGUUGCAUGUUAUUUGGACAUGGAGUAGCACAUACAGUUAACUUUUACAUACGCAACAAGUGCCCCUUCCCCAUAUGGCCUGCAACUGCUCCCAACAAUGGACAUCCGGUGAUAGCUGACGGCGGCUUCUCCCUCCCGGCUGGCCAAACUAAGUGCAUUAUUGUACCGGGGUCAUGGAGCGGUAGGAUUUGGGCUAGAACAGGAUGCAACUUUGCCUCAAAUUGGAGCCCUGCUUGUGAAACUGGAGACUGUGAUGGAAGACUGGCAUGCAAUGGACUAAUAGGCACUCCACCAGUGACAUUGGUGCAAAUUGCGCUUCAAGAUGACAAAGGCCUGCCAAAUUUCUAUGAUGUGAGCUUGGUCGAUGGAUACAAUCUUCCGAUUUCAGUCCUGUCGAGGCCUGUAGCAUCGAACUGUGGUAUUAGUGGGUGCUUGAAAGACUUGAAAGCUGUGUGUCCUGAAGAACUACAGGUCUUGAACAGCGAAGGAGAAGUGGUAGCUUGCAAAAGUGCCUGCCUGGCAUUUGAUAAGGACUCAUUUUGUUGCAGAAAUCGGUAUGGAACUCUAGAGAAAUGCAAGCCACGUGUGUACUCCAAGAUAUUCAAAGAUGCAUGUCCCUCCUAUUACAGCUAUGCUUAUGAUUCACCACCUCCAUUGGUGAACUGCAAGGCUAAUGAGUAUGUGAUCACCUUUUGUCCUUCAGGCUGGGGCGAUGAGCAUACUUCCAUAUAAACCAACUUCCCUCAUAUACGGUAAUACGGUAUACUUGAGUAUAGAUCACGUUAC